AUGAAUGCUAGUCUAACUUCUGCGGAUGACUAUGUACCAACACAGGAUGUUUUCGAUUCCUUCAUUAACGGAUUCGUGCCAAUUUGCGUGGUUUUCCUUGGAACUUUGCGUGGAAAACAAUUAGAUAUUGAGCCUCAUCUACCGGCAAAUAAGAACGAAGGUCAUUCAGAAUCUAAGCAGUCAAAAAAAGUAAUAACGUUAAAGACAGCGUUGGAUACAUUAGAUUUCAUAUUAAUU